GAAGGCAGCACAGCUCGUGGACGUCAGCAUGGCUUCAGGUGGCAGCACAGACCAUGAACUGUAAUCAUUAUGACAACUGUGGAAUAGCUACUAUGAUUAUCCCCAAUCUAUGGAUCAGGAGAGGGAUAAGGAAGUUUGCUUUUCAGCCGCCUCAUGGAUGGACUGGAGGAGGGAUGAUCUAACUCUUGAAUUCGGUGGUCACUGUCAGACAACUGCAGACAGCUGUGUGGGCAUUUUAGUGGCUGCUUCCAAAGAAGUAGCCUGGGAAGUAUGUGGCAGUUACUCCUUAGGAAACCAGAAAGGAAGAAUGGGACAAAGGAAGAAAUCAGCUGUUGGAGCAGCAGAGGACUUAGACACUGACAGAAUGCCAACCGUUAGGGACAGUCUGCCCACCCUGUUGCUUCUUUUGCCACAGCAACUUGAUAAAAACUAUUUCGGGAAGGAAUGUCCUCAGAACUGGAGUAUCUUCAGCUCCCAAGGUUUCCUCUGAAUGACUGGUCAACAGGUGUCAAAGAGCUGGUGGCAGAAAUAUUCCAGACCCCUCUAUCGUUCUAAUUUUACACCUGCCUAGGUGGCAGAGUUUGAAUGUAUUGCUUCUUGAACAAGGAAGCCUUUUAUUUGUCUCUGCAGGAAAAAAAAAAUAAGGCAAAUAAAGAUGAAGUAGCAUUUCCAUAG